CUGCGGUCACGCACGGGCCGUACCCUUGCUGGGGGCCGUAAAGCGCGGAAGGUCGCGGACUCCUGCUUCCCCGGAACUUUAUAUUCCCUCCGCCCCACCCCCGUUCCCAUCCCUGUCCCCCGCUUCUGACCCCAGCGGCCGUUGUUGUUGCCUCUCCUCCGCGAGGGUGUUGCUGAGCGCGGAGCCCUUGGCGGGGGAGGGCCGUGAGGUAAGGAGACAACCGCAGGGACAGCCGGGCUCGGGUCCCCGAGGUCCGGACAACACAGCCAUAGACAGUGCCCCCAGGUCUGAAGCAGACAGAACGGAAUCGUCUGGACCCGGGCGGGCCGACUCCUGACAACCUGAACGGGUUUUCCCGAAAUUACAAGGCCGAACCACCGUGAGGCGGUUUGAAUUCUUGAGCUCUUCCUAGCUGAAUGAGAGCACACCUCCCAGUUGCUGACAGACGUGAUGUUUUACCGGCUGCUCUCAAUUGUCCGACAGCAAAGAGCGAGCCCAGGAUGGCAGAACUGGCCCUCAGCAAGAAGUAGCACGUCAGCUGCUGAGGCCCAUUCCAUUGCCCUGCCCACCCAGGCACAGGUGGUCAUCUGUGGCGGUGGGAUCAUGGGCACCUCUGUGGCCUAUCACCUCUCCAAGCUGGGGUGGAAUAAUAUUGUCCUUUUGGAACAGGGCAGGCUGGCUGCUGGCUCUACAAGGUUCUGUGCUGGCAUCCUGAGCACUGCCAGACACUUGACCAUCGAGCAGAAGAUGGCAGACUAUUCAAACAAACUCUAUCAUCAGUUAGAGCAAGAAACAGGGAUCCAAACAGGUUACGUGAGGACAGGCUCCAUCUCUCUAGCCCAAACUCAGGACCGGCUGAUCUCCCUGAAGCGCAUCAACUCGAGGCUAAAUGUUAUGGGCAUCCCCUCUGAGAUCAUCUCCCCCAAGAAAGUGGCUGAACUUCACCCUCUCCUCAAUGUGCACGACCUGGUGGGGGCCAUGCAUGUCCCUGAGGAUGCAGUUGUGUCCUCUGCUGAUGUGGCUCUUGCUCUGGCAAGUGCUGCCUCCCAAAAUGGUGUUCAGAUCUACGACCGGACAACUGUUCUUCAUGUAAGAGUCAAAAAAGAUCAAAUUGCUGGCGUGGAGACAGAUAAAGGGCAGAUUGACUGCCAGUAUUUUGUCAACUGUGCUGGUCAGUGGGCAUACGAGCUGGGUCUGUCCAACGAGGAGCCGGUUAGUAUCCCGUUACAUGCCUGUGAACACUUCUACCUUCUGACUCGCCCCUUGGAGACCCCUCUGCAGAGCAACACACCAACUAUUGUGGAUGCAGACGGGAGGAUUUAUAUUCGGAACUGGCAGGGUGGCAUCUUGUCUGGGGGCUUUGAGAAGAACCCAAAACCGAUUUUCACUGAGGGCAAGAACCAGCUGGAGAUUCAGAACCUACAGGAAGACUGGGAUCACUUUGAGCCCCUGUUGAGUUCCCUCCUGCGUAGGAUGCCUGAACUUGAGGCUUUGGAGAUCAUGAAGUUGGUCAAUUGCCCCGAGACCUUCACGCCAGACAUGAGGUGCAUCAUGGGCGAGUCUCCCACAGUUCAGGGCUACUUCGUCCUGGCAGGAAUGAACUCUGCUGGCCUGUCAUUUGGCGGAGGAGCUGGCAAAUUCCUCGCUGAAUGGAUGGUAUAUGGUUAUCCCUCAGAAAAUGUCUGGGAGUUGGACUUGAAACGUUUUGGAGCCCUCCAGAGCAGCCGCACCUUUCUGCGUCACCGGGUCAUGGAAGUCAUGCCUCUGCUGUAUGAUCUGAAGGUUCCCCGUUGGGACUUCCAGACUGGGAGGCAGCUACGAACAUCUCCUCUCUAUGACCGGUUGGAUGCACAAGGAGCUCGAUGGAUGGAGAAACAUGGAUUUGAAAGGCCAAAGUACUUUGUUCCACCAGAUAAAGACCUCCUGGCAUUGGAACAGAGCAAGACCUUUUAUAAGCCAGAUUGGUUUGACAUUGUGGAGUCUGAAGUCAAGUGCUGUAAGGAGGCCGUGUGUGUCAUUGACAUGUCCUCUUUUACGAAGUUUGAGAUAACAUCCACCGGGGAUCAGGCAUUAGAAAUUCUACAGUACCUCUCCUCCAAUGACAUUGACGUGCCAGUGGGCCACAUCGUACAUACCGGCAUGCUCAAUGAAAGCGGAGGGUAUGAGAAUGACUGCAGCAUAGCACGACUGAACAAGCGCAGUUUCUUCAUGAUUUCUCCAACUGACCAGCAGGUCCACUGUUGGUCCUGGCUUAAGAAGCACAUGCCAAAAGAUAGCAACCUGCUUUUGGAGGACGUCAGCUGGAAAUACACUGCCCUCAAUCUCAUUGGCCCCCGAGCAGUUGAUGUUCUGUCUGAGUUGUCCUACGCGCCUAUGACUCCUGACCACUUCCCAAGCCUCUUUUGCAAGGAGAUGAGUGUGGGCUAUGCAAAUGGCAUCCGGGUGAUGAGCAUGACUCACACAGGAGAGCCGGGAUUCAUGCUUUAUAUCCCCAUCGAGUAUGCCCUACACGUAUACAAUGAAGUGAUGAGUGUUGGGCAGAAAUACGGAAUCCGAAAUGCUGGGUAUUAUGCUCUUCGCAGUCUCCGAAUUGAGAAGUUUUUUGCCUUCUGGGGUCAAGAUUUAAAUACCUACACAACACCCCUGGAAUGUGGACGAGAGUUUCGGGUGAAAUUAGAGAAGGGGAUGGAUUUCAUCGGUCGGGACGCCCUGCUGCAGCAGAAGCAGAACGGGGUGUAUAAGCGCUUCACUAUGUUUAUUUUGGACGAUCACGACACAGACCUGGACCUCUGGCCUUGGUGGGGAGAGCCCAUUUACCGAAACGGGCAGUAUGUUGGCAAAACCACCAGCAGUGCCUAUAGUUUCACCUUGGAGCGCCACGUGUGCCUGGGCUUUGUGCACAACUUUUCCGAGGACACCGGCGAGGAGCAGGUGGUAACAGCAGAUUUCAUCAACCGGGGAGAGUAUGAGAUUGAUAUUGCAGGGCACCGGUUCCAGGCCAAGGCCAAGCUCUACCCCUUCAGCUCCCUCUUCACCCAUAAACGCCGAAAGGAUGACAUGGAGCUAAGUGACUUCCACGGAAAGUAAUGCCAGGACAGUCUCAUCUCCUCCCCCAUCAUCUUAUCAGCGGAGGAGGACACCUUAGAAGCAUCUCUUUCCUCCUUCUGAUCCCUCCCCUCUUCUUUUCUAACACUGACCUUCGUCUCUUUCCUCCUUCAUAUAAUUUUAAACUUUACCUACUCAAUCAUUUUGCUUUGAAGCCUCUUGUUCUAUCUUCUCCUUUUGCAGUCCUCCUUCUAAUACUCACUCUGGGCUUUUCUUCCUCCCCCUUUACCUGUCUCAGAUUCCCGUGGUGGCAGGAAGUGUGUCUGACAGGACAGGAGCGGGCUCCUUGUGGAAGUGGGUUGAGGUAACAGGCUGACUUCAAAUAUUGUAUCCCCAAGCAAGGAAUGCUGAUGUUGUGCAUGCCUCAGGGCAAGAGGUAAUCUCUCUCGGGCUAACUGUGGGCUAACUGUUCUCUGAGUAACCUGUUAAUUUUGGCGGGGUUGCUAGAUGUCAGACUCAGCCCCAUGGAGUAGCUUGUGCCUUUUAGCCAGGCAGAUCUCUCUCCUCCUGUUCCAUUGUGCUGUGCAUUUGGCACUCUGAUACCUCUAGCAAGAGGACAAUCAUCUACCUCACUGACAAGAGGCUUGGCAUGUAUGUUAUCUGGUCUGCAGCAGAGACAACCAGUUAACCCGACCCCAUCCUCUUCCUCCCUACAUACAGAACCAGCUGUCAGAGCUUUGGGCUAGGACAGCCCUGCCUAUAAUUUUCUUCAUCUCUUGUUAAUAUCUAUGAUGAGUGAUUUUUUUUUUUAGCCGGGUAAACAAGUAAGCCGCAGUGUUUGAAAGGGAAAAACCGUGUUGCCUUUUGUGUUGCUUUUCCCAGCUGAGGGGUCUGACCUCAGAAAGUACACCACCACUGAGUUGAGUUUUCUACUAUUCAAACAGUGCUGCUCUUCUUUCACCUGUUCAAAGUUCAGGCAUCCCACCUCAAUUUUCCUGUUCUCCAGGUACAUUUCACUUUACCAGUUCAACCUCACCUGACCCUUCUGUAGCAGGUCUACUAGUUCUGCAUCAUUUUCUGUCCCUUGAGAACAGGGAGGGGAAGGUAAGGUGUGUGCUCCUGGUUGAGUAACCAAACCUUGCUGGCCAUGUGGAGUCCAGAAAGCUGCUGGAAUCCCAAACACAGAGCAGACCAAGCCACACAGAGAUGCCCCACACGGCUCUCCUGGAGCCUAUGUAAUGUGGAGGUUAAGUUAUAGAAGCCUAGAGGUGCAUCCCUCUUCUCCCAGACUUUUUCUUUCUCAUGUAGUAUCCCUCCAGGUCCUCUGGAAUAGAAAGUAACCUAGUGUACCACAAGAGGGCCCUGCACAUUUUUAGUUACUGUCUCUGUUUUCUGAAGGUAAAACUUAGAUAUCACAGACUAUGCUAUACAGUCCCAAGUUCCAACACUUCAUUUUCUUUUGGGUAUAGAUGGCCCUGAUCUGUUUUUUGUUUUGUUUUGUUUUUCUUAAGUGCAAACAAACUACUAUUAGAGAUUUUAAUUGAAUGGUAGCAUUUGUUGUCUUGGUAUCUUGGAAGCAUUAGCUCUGAUGGGACUACAAUAUAAAGUCCUUUCAUUUUGUUAGCACAGCUUGAAAUUCUGAGGUGUCUGCAUUUUCUGACAUUUCUUUGGGAUCUUAGUUUACCCACUUAACCAGGUUGGCACCUUGUCCCUUGUAGGUAUUUCUUGCCAUUUCCCCAGCUAGACCGUUCCUAAUUGAUGACUGACUUCAGUGUCUAUACUUUUUGGGGUCUUAGUUGAUUUAUUAAGAGGGCAGGUGAUUAAAGUUCUGUUUGGGGGCCUGGCUAUUUUAGAGCAAAUGUGUAUUUAACUAGCUGAAAGAUGCUGCUUUUAGCCAAAGAGGAGAGAAGAAGUGUCACCUAGCCGGGCAGCAAAGCAGUGACUCAGCAGCUGUGAAGGAAUUUGGGGAACAGGAGUGGGCAUUUGGCCAAAUGCAGGAGUUACCAGCAGGGUAACUGUCCUGAGACUAUGGAAACAGAAGACAUAGAGGCACAGGUAGCCUGUGAUGUGUCAGGUACUUGCACCAUCCAAAGUUGUCCUUGUAAAUGAAAGUUUAUUUGAGAUUGAAUCCAGAAUAAAUUCUUGAUUUAUCCAUAAAUAUCACUCUUUCAGUCUUAAAUGUAGCAAUAAAUUUGCAGUUUAACUAUAAAAGAGAAGUGUUAUAUCACUUAAUAAGAUCCAAAUUGAAAAGAUAAAAGUCCUCCCUACAGUUUAAAAUUGGAGAAUGCCAUCAUCAUAGUGUAUUAUUUAAAUACAAAUAAGUGUAUUAUUUAAAGUUUCAUCAGAAGUGUAUUUAACAUGGAGUUUUAAGACUUUGGAUUCUCUCUUUUUCUGCACUUGCUAAUCUCUAGCUAAUUGCUGUUUUGCUAAUUAGUUAUCGUUUCUAAGAAGUAGGAAGUAAAUCUGAUAUUGUGUCCAGAGUCAUGGAGCGACUUUCCAGUGAACCAGAGCUAGAAGUCCUGGCCUCCUGUUUCCUGAUGUUGCACUCUUCCCCCUUGAGCCAACAGAACAGUACUUCCCUUACUGGAAGAAAAGACGUGUGGGACAAGCACUCAGGACUGCAGUUUGAAAAUGUGUCGUCCUUAAAUAGGUGUCAUACUUCUGAGUCCCUGGCAGGAUUUGAUCUUCUGGGUAUCACUUGUUUACUGAGUGCCCUGAAACACAUAUUUAUCUUUUGGCACCUUAAAAUUCAUCCUUGAGGCCUCUUGGUUCAUUCAAAUAUAGGUACUGUGAAUCUGGUAUUUGUGUGGAUUUGGUACUGGUGUUGAGUUCUUUGAACAGGCAGAGCUGAAGAUGAGUAACUCUCUUGCCUUUCACAGAAUUACUUUCCCUCUGUCUGGUGUCAUAUGCAUCUUAGACAGUAAAGAGGACAUUUAACCUCGCUGACCCAUUGAUGUCAAAUGGUAAAGUGCUCUGGACUCCUGAGAGGUGGGAACCUCUUGAGUAAAUGAGGUUGCCGAUAGGUGGGCUAGAUCCAGAGGACUGGCUGCAAGUCCAGCAGGAAUAAAGGACAAUCAGAACAUCCUUACUUGUUUAAUGUUAUUUGCAUCUCUUGGGCAGUGGGGCCACAGAUGUGCGCCUUAUGUGACAACUCAUCCCAGAGAGCCAGUGGGUCUGUCUUCUCUCCCAUGAGAUUUGAGGGAUUCUGAGCCUCUUGUGAACAGGCAGCAUGGCUGAACUUGAGCUUCAGGUGAUUGGGCAUUUUCUUCUCUCUGAAAUUAUCAUUCCUGACAUCCUCUGCACUCCGUGGAGGAAGGGCUCUGCGUUCUUCUCUUCUGUCGUGGCAGCAUAUUCAGUUAAAGAAUCUUUUUGAGCCUAAGAACAGAAAAUGUGUUGGCCUCAAGCAGGUGAAGACCCAGGAUUGCAAGUCUUCUGUGAGUCUUUUCCUCCCUUGAAAUACCUUCUAAGUACAUACCAUUCCCCUCUUCCUCCCAGUUACUCACGCUGUGUGUAAAUCCUGUUUUAUAAUUCUGCCAGGUCAUUUGACUUAAGAUCUCCCUUCCUGAAAUUGUUGGAUCAGUGUAUAUCUUCACCAGAAAUAAAAAAAGAAAGAUCUCCCUUCCCUGACACUGGCACUGAGAUCAGAAAGGCUCUAAUUCAGAAAGCUUUCAGAGCAGACGGGGACAAGAGCUUUAACUACGUGGAUAGCCUGCUUGAUGUCUCCUAACCUGGGCUGCAGUCAUGCAUAGUGCUCUUCUGGGAGUCCUUCAGCCCCAAGUCUGAGAGACACCAGGGACACAGAGACCAGCCAGCCCGCCCAGUGAUUUACACCACCAGUUUUCACUUUGGCCCCAAAGACCCCAUCUCUGCAGGAAUAGAACCCAGUCACUUCAGUCUGGUUCUCAUCAGGAGGAGUCUGUCCCUGCAUUGUAGCUCCUUGUGCAACCAGCAGUCUUACCUGUUUCCCUUCUUUCCUGGGCUAUUUCCAAGAAAGUAACUAAAAUGUGAUGAAAAAAUUAAUCUUCAACUCUUACAGUAUAUUACCCUGCCUUUUGCAUGCACUUGAAAUGUUAACCCCAUCGUCCACCACCACAGUAUAUAUGGUAGUAGUGGUAUGGGGAUGAUAGUAGCUUUCUAAAAGUGUCAACUGCUUCUCUGAAGAGAUGACCCACGGCCUUGAUUUCUGGCUAUUUAUCCUCUGGCUUCUGGGCAUAUCUGCAGACGUUUGAGUGAGUCUUCACCAUCCUUUGAUAAACAGCAGCUCAUAAAAUGGGCUCUUCUAUGACUUGUUGACCCCAGAACACUGUGUCCUGAUAGAGCAAUUGCAUUGGCUUGCUUUCAGGGACUAGCUGCAGGACUCAUUGUUAUAUCGUUUUAUUGCCUCUUGGCCAAUGUAGUAAACAAAGGACCCUCUCUAAUACCUACGAGAUAGAGGUUUGGUCAGCAGUGGUUAAUACUAAUGAAUAGCCUUCUGCUCCUUUAAUUUUCUUUCUGCACCCUCUCAACCCUCAUAAACAUGGAUAUGAGCAGUAUUCUGUCAACCCGAUAACAGGAAAUUUUUUCUCGUAAAUAAAGAAUUUCCAUUUUGCAAAUGCCGUUUGCAGGCACAUGGAUUCAAGGGAAGCACAGUUGAGUGGGAGAAAUGGUAGACGAAAAAAUAGGAUGUUUGAGGCAUUAGCCACAUCCUUUCUACUUGCAGUAAGGAACGAACAAACCAUGGGUCUUCCUGUCAGCGCCUGCCUACCCCAUCACCACCUUUGGCCUCCACUUAAGGUGCUGAGUUGUAAGGCUCCUUCAUUGUCAGUAUAGGACCUGCCAUUUGUAGUCCUCCGUUGCCACCAAUGCACAGUCUCCAAGAGGACUGAGUAUUUUUGUAUGUCUUUGCCUUCCCUUUGUCCAUUAAACUCCAGAAUUCUUCCUUGUACAGUAUGAUUCAUUACUUCUCUGAGCAGAAUGUCUUCAUCUCGUGGAGAAUUAAACAUUUCUUCAUGGGUCAUUUUUCUCAUGAUAUUUAAAUGUACCUAUUUUUAUCCUUUGCAGACUAUCUCCUGCCUUCUUGUUUUCCUGUCUUUAAAAGACAGAGAUUGCAGGAGGUAGGGAUGAUAUUUUUAGCAUGUUUCAAAAGAUCUAUACCAAGAUUUUCUUUGCACACCGAGAACUGGAGCUUAGAGCACCUCUUUCUCUAAGCCACGUUCUAGUGCCUUACACUCCAGGAUGUCCAACGGUGGAUAUAGGCAGCAAGAUAAACAAAGGAAGUAACUUCAUUUCAGUCUGUGGGUCUCCAUCCACCCUGCAUAGCUGCUGCUUCCCCAGUACACAUGGGUGUGGGGUAGAAAGCUUUUCAAGCUGUGUUUCAUUGAAGGAUUUUCUAGCAGCACAAUUAACACUUUACUCUGUGGUCAACUCUUGGAAUGUAUAAAAAUGCCACUGUAAUUAUUGUAAAGUACUAUAAUUCAUUAUUUGCAUUUUUAAAAAGUGCAGUUCAGCUCAGCCCUUUUCUGUUCAUGUUUAGAGUUAGAAUGUGGUCCUGGAGACUCGUGAGGCACUUUAGUAAAUGGAACCUUUUCUCAAGAGUCGGUGACUUUAGGCACACAGAGUGACUGAGCAUUUCUGCCCUCCAUGGACAUGGUAUUAAUGUUGUGCACUGUAUUUAUAUCAAGCUAGAUUUGAAUUAAGGUUUUCUUUUCAUGUUAUUAGGUUUGUAAAUGAAUAAACAGACAUUUUGAUUACUCUU